AUGAAAGUGCUUCUUUUUAUUACUAUUUUUUCAACAUUGUUUUUAGCUGCCCUUUGUUGUGCUCCCCCAAAAUUAAUUGUUAGCUCAAUCAAAACAGAUAAAUCAUUAACCUUCCAAUAUAUAGAUUUCAAAAAUGAUAGUAUUGUACAAGAAGUUGUUGUCCCAGUAAAUAAACCCAUUAGUGUUAUAUCAACUGAUAUUGACAAUAUUUUAUAUAUCAACUAUAAUGCCGAUAUGGGCUUUUGUUUAAACUACUAUGAUGUAGAAACCAAAACUAACAAAAUUAUUUCCAACAUUACCUAUAUCUAUAGCGAUAGAGAACAUGACUAUCGUGACUAUGGCUAUCAACCAAUAACCUCAAACAAAUGCUGCUGCACACAAACAUCCACAUACACUUUAGUAGCAAUGGGUCAUUAUGAUGGAUGGUUAAAAUAUAUUACAUUAGAUUUCGAAAAACAAACAUAUAAAGAGAUCAGAGCCUCUUUCAGCCAAGCCCAAGACUACUUUAUUGCAUCAGGAUAUGACUAUGAUUCAAACUCCAACUAUGUCUCAUAUGUGUACAGAAAUAAAAACAACAAGGGUGAAUUAUGUGUCGGUUAUGACCUCAUGGAUGCCUCCACCAAUAAGUUUGUUAACCCAAAACAAAACCACUGCUACUCUAAAGUUUCCAAACCAUUUGAAAAAACCAUUCCAAUUAUGUUUAAUGCCACCAGAUACCUUUUAACAACUCACCGUGAUACCAAUGAAAUUGUUAUGAGAAAGAUUGAAGAUAACUCAAGCACCGUCCUUUUCAAAUUCCCCAAUGUUGCUGACAUUAACGAACCACAUUUCUCUGCCACACUCAAACAUGAAUGGCUCACCAUCACAAACUUUAACAAUGGAAAGUUACAAGUAAACAUUAUUAAUUUAAAAAACUUUUCCUCUUCAUCUUUCCAAACUACACCAAAAAAUCCAAAAAUUAUAUUAAGUAUCUCCACCCUCUAA